AAUCGCAUAUCUUAGCCUUAACUUGUGUAAAUAUAAGAGAGUAACAAUUCAUUUGCCCUUUUCAAUGCAUUUACAGUUAAUAAAUCCAAAUGUUACGUCGAUUUCGACUGUUUUCCGUUUUCAGGGUCAUUAAUGACAUUCUUCGAUUGUUUUCUGAACAAAGAGGCUCGUCCGCUUCAUCCCGCUCAUUAUUGUAGCGCUGCAUUAACAGUUGACCAAUCAGAGAGCGAGAAUCCGCCCCGGCCUGUUUAAAUAUUCAUGAGCCGUUGGCGAGAUCACCAAUCAGCGCGUUCCUCAUGAAUAUGUGAGUGCUUAUCGCAGUACACUGGAGUGGAGUCGCUACGGCGCUGUGUGUUUUCUCAAACAGAAACGGGAGGAUUGACAGAUACAAGCGACGUUUGUGUAUUUUCUCGGAUAAUAUCGCGCUAAUCAUGCCCGGACAGGCGUCGGUGACGGUGGCCAUCGACUCGCAGAAGUCGUCCGCUUUUGUUUUGAAGAAGAUCAUGAAUAUUCCUCCUCCGAACAUACUGGAGGAUCAAGACGACGAUAUCGAGAAGGAGAAACAGGGUUCGACCUGCGAUGGGACGUCAGGCGGCGGCGGUGGUUCGGGGGGCACGGGGAGCGUCUCGGCCUCUCUCACCCCCGCCAUCUGGGACAAAACUAUCCCGUAUGACGGCGAGACCUUCCACCUGGAGUACAUGGACCUGGACGAGUUCCUGCUGGAGAACGAGAUUCCCAUCACAUUGGAGGAGGAGCUGAGCAAGUGUCCGCGAGCCGGAGACACACAGGCUUUAUCUGCACCCUCCGACGAGCCGGCGACCGUCCCGCAGAUGCCUGAGGAGGAACACGAGGACGACGAAGAGUCUGAGGACGACUCGCUCACUGUGAACAUUGAGACGACAGCAGAAGCCAAAGCCGGCCCCGACCGUGUGACACCCACUCCGAUCGACCCAGAGGAGAUCGAGGUGAGCGUGGCCUUCCAGCCGGAUCCCACAGAUCUGGUGCUGUCCAGCGUUCCCGGAGGAGAGCUCUUCAAUCCACGGAAACAUCGCUUCUCUGUGGACGAGCUCAAACCACAGCCCAUGAUCAAGAAAGCCAAGAAAGUGUUUGUUCUUGAAGAGGCGAAGGAUGAGAAGUAUUGGUCGUGGAGGAAGAAGAACAACAUGGCGGCGAAGCGCUCGCGAGAUGCCCGGCGUCUGAAAGAGAACCAGAUCGCCGUCCGCUCCUCCUUCCUGGAGCGGGAGAACGCCGCGCUGAGACAGGAAGUGGCCGAGCUGCGCAAAGACUGCGGCCGCUGCAAGAAGAUCAUGCUGCUGUACGAGGCCAAAUACGGCUUACUGUGAGGGACACGCUUCAGUCUCCCUUAUAAUUCACACCGCAGUUACACAGCCGGGGAUUGUGGGUAUAAUGCGGCGCCGAGCGGGAGGUCGUGUUUUUAAGAGGAUGUUUGAAGGGGCUAGAAGACACAAAACACAUGAUAACACAACAUAACCUUUGACCUCCUCAUACCUCAUAUUCUGCCCUCUCAUUCGGUAUGAAGACGAGAUAAAGUGGCCGAAUGGAGAAGUCGCACAGCUAGCGUUCAAUCUUGACCGUGAAAAAAACGUGACUUUUUUUUUUUUCACAAGACUAUUUUCAGCUAGUUUUAAGCCUGUUUUUUGCACUUGACGCGUCGUCUUAUGUUUGUGUACGAGAGGUUUUUCGCAGAAAACAAGUGCAUGACUCUCGAUAUGAAGCGAUUAUUUUCUUUAUUCCACGAAAGCGAGUGCACUUGAAGAGCAAGUGCGAAUCAGACGGUCUGUGAAGGCGGAGUCUGUAAAUAUACGCUUGUAUCCGUCAGCUAGUGUCGUCGUUCUUCCAGAAUGACCUUACCAUGUGAAAAGCGACACUUCUGUCAUGCAGAUUAACUCUAUAGCGACUGUGCUUCGUUCAAACGCAUCUUCACGGCAGUUAAGCGGGCGCUUAUUGUAAUGCGAGCGUCUGCGCUGGAGUUUAACUGUGAGUGACUGAUCAACUGGAUCUGGUUUGUUUUCAGGGUUUAAUCCAGGGGAAUAAUGUGUGAUGCAUCUUUACCUCAGAUUAGAUGUUUCUGAUGAGUGUUUUUUAUUUAUUUAUUUAAAACUAUUUUUUAUUCGGGCAGCUCAGCAUCCGUUAAAACACAAGCGUAAUGAAUUUCUAUGUAAAAA